UAAGAUUAUGUUUUAAGAUUUGUUUUUGGUUUUGUAAAAAAAAAUUAUAAGUUAAUCGAAUAGUUAUUUAAUUUUUACAAAAAUCAGAGGUUAAUCAAAUAAUUUUCCUUUGUCUUUUAUUUUCCUCCGAUAAUUCGCCGCCAUUAGAGUUCUGCUCUCGGACUGUGCGCAAGCGAUUCUCUUUCUGCUCUCGUGUUCCGUCUUCCCAUACUCUAAAGGGAAAAAUCCGAGUUCAAUUGAAAGAUUUCACACAGUUGGAGAUUAGAAAUGUCGAUAGGAGUGUCCACAGAUGUCCACUUCCAUGGUGGGAAUCGGAACUUUCCGAGGACCCAUAGCUCCGGUUUAAGCGUUUGUGGAGUAUCUUUCUCGAGAAUUAGGAAUGCUCAGAACAGCAGAAUUUGCUGCAGUUUUUCGUCAGUAGAGAACCUUGUUCCAACUGAUGCAGAAAGAGAAAAGAAAAGACCUUUGGUUAAGAUGUGCGGUGUCACCUCAGCCCGGGAUGCUGCCAUGGCAGCUGAAGCUGGUGCUGAUUUUAUCGGGAUGAUUGUUUGGCCACAUUCCAAACGGUCUAUUUCUCUUUCUGUCGCGAAGGAGAUUUCCAAAGCAGCCCGAGAAAAUGGGGCCAAACCUGUUGGCGUGUUUGUUGAGGAUGAUGCGAGUACGAUCCUGAGAGUAGCUGAUGCCUCAGACCUCGAGUUUGUCCAGCUACACGGUGAUGGUUCUCGGGCUGCCUUCUUGGAUGUAGUGCAAGAGAGGAGAGUCAUAUAUGUUCUUAAUGCAAGUGAGGAUGGAAAGCUUCUGAAUGAAAUUUCUGAGAAGGAUUGCCAUCUUGCUGACUGGGUUCUCGUGGAUAGCGCCAAGGGUGGAAGUGGUAAAGGAUUUAACUGGGCUCAGUUCAAGUUACCCCCCAUUAGAAGCAGAUAUGGGUGGCUUUUGGCUGGUGGAAUCAAGCCAAGCAAUGUUGCAGAAGCUCUUUCCAUCCUUAAACCCGAUGGAAUCGACGUCAGUAGCGGUAUUUGUGGCCGAGAUGGCAUCCAGAAGGAUCAAUCUCAGAUAAACACCUUCAUGGACGCAGUUCGUUCUGUACAAUACUAAUAACUUGCAGGAGGCCAAGUGAUUUAUCUUUUGACAAGAGUAUCGAAACAUCAAUAAGCUAUUCCUUAUCACUGUAUUUGGAAAUGUAUGAUGACAAUCUGCAAGCCCUUCCUUUACAUAUGUAAGAUUUGGGAUUGCUGAAUUAGUUAGCAUAAGGAAACAGUCAUCUGGUAUAGCUGGGUUAACAGCUUGUGCGUGGAUAUAAAUAACCGUCUGAAUAAAAUGCACUGUAUUGAUUUUU